AUGCUGCUCUCAUCGCUCUAUGUCCUCCUCGCCCUGAGGGUCACCCCAUCGCUCGCGUUCUUCCAAAAUUUCUUCCACCAACAAGAACCCCAGAAGCCGAUCGUGUUCAGCUACGUGCAAGAGUUCCAACGAGGUACGUCGCGUGUUGGGCAGGCUCGCCUUGAUGCUGCCCAACCCGAACUCGAUUCCUGAGCAUCAGUGGUUCUUUUCGUCUCUCGAUAGUCGACUGCCAACUGGGCUACACCUGCCCCGGAACGUUGGCUUGCGUCGCGAACCCGUCCGAAUGCCCCUGCCCGCACGAAGGCAUCGACGUCAAGUGUCGUCUACCCGGCGCCAAAGACGGCGAGUACGUGUGUGUACGCGACUGCGCCAAGGUCAGAGCGAGUCUCAAGAUCUAG